CUAACCUAAAUAUCACCAAUAUCGUUACUGCUUUUGUUAAUAAUGUACGUUUAAUGCUAGCUUUACUUUAUUUAAACUGUAUUAUUAUUAAUACCGUAUGUUUUUGCCGACGGGAAACGCGCUUAUUUUUUAGAACAACAAUAGCUUUAGCUGCGUCGUUCAGGUCUGGUUUUACCAUUAUUUGGAACAAAUAUUUCUGAAUGAUCUAAACAUGAACACUUCGCUGAACAGCUGAGAGAAGUCUUUAUUUCCCGGGGUAGAAAGUAGCGUUUGAGGAGAAGAUGGCCAGCAGCAGCAACAACAACAGUGUCAACAUGGAUCCGGAAGUUGCUCGGAGGCUGUUUGAGGAGGGAGCUAUCCUGGUGCUGCUGGAUGUUCCUCAGGGCACAGAGCUUGGAAUUGACUGCAAGAGUUGGCUGGUUGGUCCUCGCUUUCGUGGUGUUAAGAUGAUCCCCCCAGGCCUGCACUUCCUCCACUACUGCUCUGUAAAUUCACCAAGCUGUGGGGGGGAAAUUGGCCCCAAAACAGGCCUUUUCCUCACUCUCAAACCCAGAGAGAUCCUUCUAGCCAAGUGGGAUCGCAAAGAAGAAGAUCUGGAUUUCUCAGACUCCAAGAAUGAGGAGGAGGUAAAUCGGAUCCGGGGGACUUUGCAAGAGCUGGAUCCCUUUCUGGGCCCUUAUCCCUACGAGGUGAUGAGGAAGUGGGUGUCGCUCACUGAUCACAUCAACGAGGAGCUCGCCACCAACUUGCAGCCUCUUUCAGGUCGAGUGUGUGCCUUCAGUGACGUCAUUCCUGAGCUGCAGUUCAGACACACCAAAGACAGAGCAGAGCAGCCGAGGAACGACACAGCCUGUCAGAGCAUGAGAGAAGGACUGGACAGGCUUCCUAAGAUGAAGCAGAGGGAGGGGACGGAGCUGCGCUUCUCAGUGAUUCCCAAGAAGACCUACCCUCCUGGAGCUAGUCCGGCUGAGAUCACUAAGUGCAGCAUGGACUUGAGUUAUGCCCUGGAGACAGUGCUGGAGAAAAAGUAUGAAAAGCAACCUCUCGACUUGCUUGGUGAGCUUCAGUUUGCAUUUGUGUGUUUCUUGGUUGGAAACGUGUACGAGGGCUUCGAGCACUGGAAGUGCCUCCUGGCUCUUUUGUGCCGCUCAGAGGAGGCCAUGAGGAAGCGAAAAGAGCUCUACCUGGGGCUCAUCACUGUGCUCUACCACCAGCUCGGAGAAGUACCCCCGGACUUCUUUGUUGACAUCGUGUCACAGAACAACUUCCUCACCAGCACGCUGCAGGACUUUUUCCAGUUUGCCACCGGACCUGGUAUGGACGGCACUCUGCGUAGAAAAGCAGAGAAGUUCAAAACACACCUGACCAAGAAGUUCUGCUGGGAUUUUGACGCAGAUUUAGACGACUGCGCUCCGGUAGUGGUGGAGCUGCCUGAAGGUGUUACAGUGGACUGACACUGCUCUAAUCCUGUAUAUUUAAUCUGUUAUGUGCAGUAUAUAUGCUGGUUGUAAAAUUUCAGACAUAUGAACACGCUUU